CGAUAUUUUCUUUAAUCUACUCUCUCCCUCAUCGGUUCGCUCUGCGUUCUAUUAGCCAGUCGGAUUUGAUUGCGGAAGCGAUUACUUUUCUCUCGCAGUUGGCAGGAAGGCAUUAUUUGCUUAAAACAAAUACUUUCCCAAACAUGUAUACAACACAAAACAUCGUCAACUCAAUAACAUCGAUUUGAAUAGCGAAAACAAUUGAUUGACUUCAUAACAAGAAGACUGUCUACACGGGCGUGUGUGACGCGUCUCUUCCUACAUUCAUCGUGUUGACGAUCGAGAAUCGCUUUCAUAUUCGCUAACUACGGGUUUUUUACACUUUGCCCGCUAGUCAGUCGGGAUGAAGCCUGGAGUAGGGGCAUGUCAGGACCCCUGUCAGGGUGGUCCGGGGGUGGGUGACAGGGGGGACGACACCCUGGUGUCUCUACCCCCUAAAGACACCCCUGGCUCACCCGCGGGGUCACCCUCAGAGUUGGGAAGCCCUGGCCCCCGCCAGGUCGCGACCUUUGACCUGCUCAAGAUGGUGGUGUCUUACAAGAGGAUGGCCCUGUUUCUGGAGCCGCUCACUGACACGUUGGAGCUGGCCCGCUACCUACUGGGGUGGAGGAUGCCUCUAUGCUCACUACUGGUCUGUGUACUGCUCAACAUCCUCUUCCUCACUCUGAGUGAAGUGGGGUGGUUCUCUGUUUGUGUUCUGGGGGUGUCUGCCCCGGCUGCCCUGGGUUACCUGCAGGACAGGUGUGGGGGCGGGGCGUCGGAGGCGGAGCAACAGAAGAGGCGGUGCCACGCGGUGCAUCGUAAGGACCUGCAGAAUGUUCAGCUCACCAGACAGGACGCCAUGCUGGAAGUCAAGGACCUGUUAAAGCAGCUAGAUGACCUGUUGUCUCAUGCCUGCCUGUCUGCUGAGUCCAUCUACAAGCUCCUGUACUGGGAGAGCCACUCUGAGUCCUCUAGGUUCUACGGUGGCCUGUUAGCUGUAUUGAUGCUGCUGUAUUCUGUCCCUGUGGGCUGGGUGCUGGCCUGUCUCUCUACUGCACUCUUCCUGUGGAACCGAGACUUCUGCAGGGUUGUGUUGGACCUAAGGGAGGUGGUCCAUUCUGGCCAGAACCCAUCCUCAGAAGGAGAGAUGGACGUCACAGAACCGGACCACAGCAGCCUGGACCGGACUCCCACUGCUACCAGCUUGGAGGUAUGGACAGAGAGAGAAGUGGUGGGGGGAGAGUGGUGUGAGCUGCACGUUCCAAUCUACACUCUAGAAAUAGACCACGUCAUCAUGCUGUUCAGUGGUGUUGAGCUGCACGUUCCAAUCUACACUCUAGAAAUAGACCACGUCAUCAUGCUGUUCAGCGGCGUUGAGCUGCACGUUCCAAUCUACACUCUAGAAAUAGACCACCACGUCAUCAUACUGUUCAGUGCCGCAACGAGGCCAAUCCGCAGUAAGGUGUCCAAACUGACGGAGAAGCUACGCAAACGCUACCCCACCAACAACACAGGUAACUGUUCCAGCUGCAGUGCAGUCUUCUCAGUGGUGAAGAGAAGGCGGAGCUGUAGUAACUGUGGCAAUAGCUUCUGCUCCAGAUGCUGCUCCUACAAGGUCCUCAAGGCCUGCAUGGGUGUCACAGCUCCAGAUGCCCAGAGAGAGACAGUGUUUGUUUGUGCUGUCUGCAACUCCACCCUCAGCAAGUGAGAAAUGACUACCACCUCCUACCCACUCAUGGAGACCCAGGGAGGGUACUGCCCCUCCUACCCAGGAUUCGAAGCUCCUUGGCUGGGUAGAGCCCGCGGCAGAUCAGCCUCUACCCCGCCUGGGGGUGGUUCAAAACCCCAGGUUGUCUGGUUCUCUGGCUCCAGCCGAGGUGACCAAGGUUAUUAAGAUGAACCAGUCCCAAAUGGCAACCUAUUCCAUAUAAAUUAUUCCCUAUAAAUUGCACUGCUUUUGCCCAGAGCCCUAUGGGGUUCCCUAUGGGCCCUGGUCUACAGUAGUGGACUAUAUAGGGAAUAGGGCCCUGGUCUACAGUAGUGGACUAUAUAGGGAAUAGGGCCCUGGUCUACAGUAGUGGACUAUAUAGGGAAUAGGGUGUCAUUUGGGACGCUCCCACAGACUCCCAUCAGCUUGUGUUGCAUUGAGAUUGAUCCUGUACUGUCAUUCUGUCAUGGAGGUCCUGAGAAUGCUGAGAGGUGUGUGUGUAUUGUAUUGUAUAAGAUAUGCUAUAGAUUGACCCUGUUAUAACUUAUCCAUCCUGUAAUGGUUUUAUAUGUUGGUCCUAAUGUUAAUUUAAUGGAUGCAAAGACAGGAUGCUAAAGACUAUACCUUAGUCCUAAAUGGCAUUCCCUAAUCCCCAUGGAGCAUAACCUAACCCCAUGGAGUGAUUUCCAGAGGUGAUCCCAGAGCUGUGUUCAAAUACUCAUACUAGCUGUACUAUUUGUGAUGUAACAUUGAGUAUGUAGUUAAGUACUUAUUGGAUAUAGUAUGCCAAACGUUCCUGGAUGUCGUACUAAAUUCACCAAACUACGAAGUAUACAAGGAGUGGACACUAUUUCUGUGCUUUUAGGGACCAUAAUGCAAUUCUUCAGAAAAUGGGCGUGGCUUCACCAACGUUUUCAGAUUUGAAGAAAAUGGCCGACGAGAGCAGAUAGAAAUGAAUUGCUUCAAGAAAAUGUUGAGCAAUGUAAUAAAGUAAUGACUUUUCAAACAAGUUAAACGUUAUGUUGGCUGACAAUUUAUUAGCUACGCUGUCCUUACGAACCGCAGCAUGUCAUUCAGCAGUAUGUACCGGGCUGUUAGCUAGCUACCUAACGUUAGUUGGCUACUAAUACAUUGAACUUGCCAGGUAGUAUAUUAACUAUCUAGCUAACUACCCAAUGUUUAUUGACUUGAUUAUUCACAUCAUUCUUAGCUAAGUGGUAGAGUCGUCGUGCGUUCUCAAUGGACAUAGUUAAUUCUGGCUAUCCACUCUGAUUUCAGAGCAUCUCUCAUCUGUGUGCCAGUGCACAGAAUAGCUGAAUAAAACGUGUUGAAUAUGGCCGGUGUCAGUAAGCGUUGGAGGGGGGAAAAAGUGUAAUUAAAUUGUUGCCUGCAGCACAGUUAGUCAUGGAUUUACGAACGGACAAUCUGACAACGUUUUACGAACUCACCCCAUAUUGAAUUUACAGACGCAGCCGAAAUCGCAAAAUGUCUAGCUAGUAAUUUGUUAUGCUAACAAGCCAGCAAGAGGUUGCAUAGCAACAUCAUCAACUUCUGGUAGACAGGCGAAGUGCUAGUACACUCAACUGAAAGGAUACCCUUCGUUUACAGUAUUCUAAAAUGAACUAAUAGUAUGUAGUAUACAGGAUGUUGGUAUGGAUAUUUGAACACAGCACAGGCUUUAGAUUGACACAUAAGAAUGUACAUGUUACACUUUUACCAUUGUGAUCACCAAUAUUCAAUCCACUGAAAGUUUAUAUUUAUCCAAUUUUAUUAAUUAAUUCAUUUGAUUGAUUAGCUUGACAGAAUGGAGGAGUUUGUUUACUCUUCAUUGCUUCAAUAAACUGUGAUUUUGAAUGUUUGGAGUUAA